AUGCUGACAUUCUUGGCACCAGGCAUCGAGGUAUACGACAGUAAGGAGAAUUUAAAUAAGCUGGACAAGGUACCCAGUUUAAAAGGAUCCUAUCACUUCAAAUCUACCGGUUCAUCUAUGUACCUGCGUAUACCGGCCGAUAAAUGGAACACUUUACCGCAUCAUUUUGGAUUCCUUAUGAUUAUUGUGGGUGGUCGAACGAUGGAUGUGACCAUCAUCAUCAUCAUCAUCAUCGUACAGCGAGAUACAGUAAAGCAAGCUUCAGUGAUCACUGCCAAGCUCACAAUGUACACAAAUCAAGUGAUAAAGCACAAGUUGGAGAGGGAUUUGGCCUACUUGGAGGGAGGCAAAGAAAAAGAACACACGGAGUACACAAUCUAA